AGGAAAACGAAAAUAUAUAAUUGUAGAACGCUAUUUAUAAAUCCCAUUUGACGCGACCGUGGCGAACAAACACUCACCUCCCUAUUCGCUUUCAAUGCCGCAGACGUCGAGCAGUAUUGGGAGUUAACUAAAAUAACUACAGUUCUCAUAAACGUGCUCUUCCUUAGUGCCUAAUCCACCGUACACCAUUUCGGUACGAAGCAGCAGCAGUACCACGUGCUCGGUCGAACCCGUUCAUAAGCAAAACAUACCAGAUGCCCCUGAUGCCAGCAUCUUCUGAUUUUGAUAACAUCUUCGGUGGGUCUCUAAUAGUUUUUUUGAAAACAAAAACGAAAACCUUGAAACUCUGCAAUCCGCCCGUCUACUAGAAUAGAGACAAUCAGUGUUGUUACAGAGAGAACGAACGAUUGGACAGAUGGUGUAUUAGUUUACGUUAACUUUGAGACUUUGGGUGGGAAUGCUGCCUUCGUGUCGGAUGCUCGUGCUCGGCGGUUCCCGGGUACUUCCCCGGGUUAUUAUUGCAGCCGAAUAUCACACCUUGCUGGCACCUGCAAGGAAUACUGGCGACCGGUGGUUGCGACCACUUUUGCGAAAUCACACACCUUCACUAAUCGCUCCAGGUGUCCUAGAAAAAGGAUUGUUUUGGGAACGCCAUCGCAAGGGAGGCUAUCAGAAGCCAGGAACCUCACCUUCCACAAUCGAUUUGAUUCGAGACGGACUGCGCGAAAUACGCCAGGAGCUAACACUAAUGGGACAGGAGUGGAAGGAGCGAUUAGAGAGCGACCCCCUGGUAGUGUUCCGACCGGGUGAAGUCGACGUCGUGUUUGGCUUCAGCCAGCAAGAACAACUGGAUAGGUGGAUUGUAACGACCGACAGUGACCACGGUGAAGGGUACUCCAAAGCGAACUUGGAGCUAAGUUCGGCUGGCUAUGGGUUGUUUCAUGGAACGCUCGAAUCACGAGUGCCAAUCGACGGUCGCAUCAAGCGUGCCGGUUAUGCCAACAUCAAAAGUCAAAGAAUACGGAAAUCGUUUAAACGGGAUGCCUACUACGACUGGGGCCAGUAUAAUACACUCGUGCUCAGGGUGCGUGGUGAUGGAAGAUCCUACCUCAUCAAUCUGGGUGCGGACGGCUACUAUGACAUACUCUGGAAUGAUGUCUACCAUUACGUGCUGUACACGCGGGGUGGACCACAUUGGCAGAUCGCGAAGAUACCGUUUUCCAAAUUUUUCCUCGCAUCGAAGGGCCGGGUGCAGGACAAUCAGGGCCCUGUGCCACUUAAUCGCAUCACCAGCGUCGGCUUAUCGGUAGGAGCACGCGGCGGACAUGAAGGUAACUUCCGGCUCGAACUGGACUACAUCGGAUUAGAGUUUGAUCCGUCGCACCAGGAGGAGUUUGCAUAUGAGAUGUAUAAACAACCGAAGUACAUUGUUGCUACAUAG